AUGAUAAAAAAUAGUUUAAACAUUUUAAAGAAUAUACAAAUACAAAAGUCUUCCACACCUUUUAUAAAUGGAAUCACAAUUAAUCGUUCAAUUUUUACAAAAUCAUCAAAUAAUUUAAUAAUGAAUGAAAAAAACAGUUCAUCAUUCAUAAACAAUAGUAGAAUAUCUUUAUUUGAAAAUAAUUAUAAUAAUAUCAAUACAACAACAAUAAAACAAUUUAAUAUUAAAAAUAAUAGAUUUUAUAGUUCAUUUAAACAGCCUCCACCACCAUUAAGUUCAGGAAGAGGUCCAAUUGUUGUAAAAUCAAAAAAAGAAGCAUUUAUUAUUUAUUUUACAAUGUUACUUGCUAUAGCUUGUUUAUCUAUAUUAUAUUAUAUUUGGUAUUUGAAAUAUCAAAGACUACGUAACUAUUAA